AUUAGAUUUAUGAAAUAUUGAAACAAUCCGUUUAGUGAUUAUGUUCAUGAGUGAACAGACAUCGAACUCAGGAAUCUAAAACUGCAUAAAUUCUCAUGACCAAAUGGCUUUAAAACUCUCAGCGGCAGCCUCGUCCACUCUGAUACGUCGCCGUUUACCACUAGUCGGAGCCUUCUGCGUGCUAACUCUCGGCUUUUCCAAUCUCUCCGUCCCUUCCUCCGUUCAGUCCUUCCCUUUCACCCCACUAUUCAGAUCAAAACUCGGUGGCCGAUCACAGAGUGUAAGUGCUCAUAGUAUAAGAAUGGAAGCCAGCGAUAACACUGUACCUAGCAUCGUUGUGUACGUUACUGUUCCUAACAAAGAAGCGGGUAAGAAAUUGGCUGAGAGCAUAGUAAAGGAGAAACUUGCUGCAUGUGUUAAUAGAGUACCAGGCAUCAAAUCUGUUUAUGAGUGGGAAGGACAGAUACAGAGUGAUUCGGAAGAGAUGCUUAUUAUCAAAACUAGGAAGUCUCUCUUGGAAGCUCUCACUGCUCAUGUCAAGGCCAAUCAUGAAUAUGAUGUUCCUGAAGUGAUCGCCUUGCCCAUAGUUGGUGGUAGCCCCCAAUAUUUGGAGUGGGUUAAGAACAAUACUAGAGAGAAGUGAUUUAACUUGAAUAACAUACGGAGUAUAAGAUUUCAUUGUACAAAUUUACAUCCUGUAAUGCUACAAUCUGCCAUUCUGCAACACAUUGCACCUCUAAUAAAGUUGCUGCAAAUUUCUUACGCCUUGGUUCUUCGAUCACAGUGGCCUAAGGAGAUUUCAUUAGUUGAUCAGUGCAUAUCUUUUGCUAGUUUUGGCAGUAACCUAAUAUCUGAAGGCCAAUAUCUGUACUGGGACUAUUUUCUGAAUAACCGCUCAAAGAAGUCACAACUUCCUAGAUUUGAAAGCUCCCUGUAAUGAAUAACAGUUACGAAAUUCUUGAAAAGAUUGCUAAAGGCAUAGAAAUGGAAUAACCG